AUGCCUGUCAAAGGGGCCCCCACCAAGCUCAACCCGGUCCGCCUGAACACACUCAAUCAUCUCCGUGUGCGGCGUCCGAACACCAACGAGAAUAACCCAUGUGCAGCGGUCUUGUCUUCGAUGCUGAAUUGCUGGGCCUCAUCCGGUCAUGGCGCUGAGGGAUGCCAGGGUCUCGAGAAAGAAUUGAAGACGUGCAUGGAUGUCAAGAGACCCAAGAGUGCAGAGAGAAACACCGUCAACUUCCACCUGGCAAGAAUGUAUCCCAAGGUUGUCGGGCCGAAGAAGAAGAAGGGCGUUCUUGGUUAG